AUGCUGCGCGCGUUGGCGACCGGGUCGACUCGGGCGAUCGCCGCGACCGGCGCGGUGGCCGCGUACCUCUGCUCCGCCGCCGCCGCGACCGAGGCGGGACCGUCCACGUCAUCGGACCACCAGGGCGCCAACACCAUCGCCGGCGCCAACCGCCGCGAGGUGACACCGCUCGAUGCGCCCAUCGCCGCGGCGUAUCCGACCGCGGCGAACAAGGCCACCGCUCAGUGGAGGGUGUACACCGACAUCGCCAGGGAUCUAUCGUCCAGGGGCGAGCACGAAGAGGCGGGGAAGUACCUGCGACGCGCGCUCAAGGAGGCGCAGGAGGGAUUCGGCAAGGACGAUCCCCACGUCGCCGCCGCUCGUAACAACCUCGCGGAGCUGUACCGCCUGCAGAAGCGAUGGGACGAGGCGGAGAGGCUGUACGAAGACGCGGCGAGGGCGCUGGAGCGGCACUUCGGCCCGUCGCACCCGGCGACCGCGACGGCGGUGCACAACCUCGGGGGAUGUAAACUCGCGAGGGGAGACUUUCGAGGCGCCUUCGCCGCGUACGCCGACGCGGCGAAGAAGAAAGCCGCGUCGAUCGGCACGUCGCACCCGGACUACGCGCAGACGCUGUUCCACAUGGCCGAGGCCAAGCGCGCGGGGGGCGAACACGAGGCGUGCGCGUCGCUGCUGGAACGCAGCGUCCGGGUGUUGGACGAGUGCGGCCGGGGCGAUGACGGCGCGAACCUUCGUCGAAUAGAGCGGCUGGCGCAGGUCCGCGGCGACGUGCUCGGGGACCACGUCUCGGCCGAGCGUCUGCGUGCCAGGGUGCUGGAGGCGAGGGAGCGCUCGAGCAGGGCGCACGGGGACCACGAGCCCGGUAAGCGGGGGUUCGUCAGGGAUUUGGCGAUGUCGCAGCGAAGAGCCGCCGUGGCGUCCGCGCUCGAGGCUCGCGCGCGGUCGCUGGAGGCGUUGGGGAGACGAAGCGACGCGAUCGAGUCACUGCGCUCGGCGGUUCGUAUCCACGAAACGCGGCUCAGCGAUGCCAUGGGCCUGGGGAUACCGAGAGAGUUACUCGACGCGGACGACAUACGACCAGCCGGCUUGGUCCGCGGAGUCAUCGAGCUCGUGGAACAAACGGUCAACCCGAUGUUCGGGUGGGCGAGGCCGGGCGCCGCCGCGGAGGCUGCGGCGGCGAACAUGCGCCUCCAGCUCGCGUCCGCGCGGCUCACGCUCGCGGACGUCGCGCUUCGGGAGGAGGAGGCGCGUGGAGACGAGGCGAUGGCGGCGAUGGCGACGGAGCAGCUGGCGAGGGCGGUGGGUUCCCUCCAGCCCCUCGCCGCCGCCGCCGCCGCCGCGCUGUCCAAGCCGCCCGCCGCCGACGACGACGAGGGAUCGAAGGGGACCGCGAGUCGCGCGCACGGGGACGACGGGGACCGGUCCGUCGCCGCGGACAUUCGCAGGCGCGAGAUCUCGGAGGCUCCCGAGCGUCACGUCGCGGCGCUCGUCCUCUUCGCGCGGGCGGCUCGAACGCUCGCGGCGAUCGAGUCGGCUCGAGCGAUACCUCGCGGGGGAACCGGCGUCGGGUCGCAUCACCUCGGAGAUGCGGUGGAGUGGCUGUACGCGUCGUACGGCGCGGACGUACGAGGCGUGGUGGCGGAGGCUCAGGCCAGGGCGCUGCUUAGGGAGCUGCGCGAUUGCGUCGGGUGUGUCGCGGAGUCGAGGCGAUGA